GCACUUUUUGAUUGACUCUUACAUUUAAAACUGCUGCUGCAAAUACAACAACAAACAAAAAUAAAGAAAAACAAAAACAAUUACAUAUUAUGAAUGUCGCCUAAAUAUCAUCAUUUCGAGAUUGCACUUAUCUACUUUUUACUUCUCAUACCAUGGCCUCCCACAAAUGUCAUCAAAAUUCUAUGCUCUCGAGAUAGCAGUCGACUGGUGCGCAAAAUAGUGCGCUCCAAAUGGACGCCCAUAUUGGACAAGCAUCAGGUGAAGCUACCUCUAGAGUGUCCACUGCAUCCAUUUCGAGAUGUUUUUGCGCCACGCCAGGAUGCCAAGCAGCGUGAUCGGCCAACGCAGUGGACCUGCCGGAUGUGUGGCAAGAGUUUCUACCAGGAGAAACACCUGGACCUGCACUUCGACACGCGCCACAAAUCAAUCAUUAACGAGGCAGAGGACUCUGUUUGCCUGGCGGACUUUUGCGAUAUAAUGCGUUGCGAAGUGUUUCAAACAGAGGAUUCAUCUAGUCUUAAAUUCGGCGAUCAACACAUUGUAACAGACAUUGAAGUUUGGGGAGACUCUCUGGGUCAGAAUUCCGCAUUGGCCAAAGCGAAUGCCGCAUACUUGAGUUUAAUACCAAUUAGAACUUCCACACUAGGUGCCACACGUGCCGCCAAAGUACAAAACCGUCAAUUAAUCCAAGACAAACAAGGCCAAAGCAACGAGCAGUCGCAGUCAGGUAAGAGUCUAAGUCCACUCCUUAUCAGAAUUUCUUCUAACAUGCAAUUUGCAGAUGCAGCUGCACAGGAUGCAGGAACUGCCAAAUUAAAGUCAGCCAGCGAGAUGUUGCUGAGCAAGCUUAAGGGUCUGGGACAGAAGCGACAGGAAACUGACGGAACCGAGAGCGUUGACGAAGCCCAAGUGAAUGACACCGAACAGAAGAGUAACGAUGGAAAUGAUGAUCCUAAUGCCACGCAGGAUGAAGCCAGUGUGGUGAACAGUGAUGAGAAUGCAUCUGCCUCGAAUAUGUCGAAGGUGCGCGCCAAUUGUAAAGCCGAAGAUCUGAGCAAAUUGAAGGCUCGAUGCGAGUAUCUGUUGCGAAGCUGUAUUGGCAGUCUGUUGCUCUCCAUGUCGGAUCAAGCGUUUAAGGAGAUGGAAGAGGAGAUGAAUAAGGCGGUCUGCUGGUAUCUGACCUGUGAUCGAUACUGGGAGGAUGGCCCGCUCGAACCACGUGCCUUUCCCUGGGGUCUGAUUGUUAUACUCAUAUUUGUGCUCUCGACUGGCAUUUGUUUUUGCUAUUACAUCAUUUGGAUAUUGUUUGAUUCCGAAGAAACGACAAUCAAUGCCAACAACCACUAUGGCUACGGCACAGUUGGCGGCGUCGGCAGCAUCGGGAGCGGGAUCGGGAGCGGCAUUUAUAUGCCUGCCCGCCAUUAUCAUGUCGACUAUGCGAUGCCGCGCGAUAUAGAUGGCCUGGGGGGUCGGGGUCUGGGCGAUGGAGGCCCAAUGCAUGGGAUGACUGCGGAGCAACAGCAACAGCAGCAGCAGUACUACUACCAACAGCAGCAGGCCCAGCAGCAAGCGGCGCGCGACUUAUACCCCGAACCAGUGCAAUAUCAUCGGCACAGUCCGCGCCACUAUAUCAGCACCGACCAGCGUCAGGCGGUGGCCGCGGCUCAGGCAGCCGGGCAGCAGGGGACCCCCACGGUUACAGGGGCGGCGGGCGUACGUCAAUCGGCAUCCAACGCGAGCACCCCCCUCCACCAUCAUCAUCAGCAGCAACAGCCGCACCUCCAACAUCAUCGCCACUCGACAAGCCUGGGCUACCCACAGGACAUUUUAGACCGACGCGACUAUACAAGUAGUGUGGGUCGCCCGAUAGCCACAUCAGUGGUGAGCAGCAGCAGCAGCGUGGGCGGCAACAUCGGCGGCACUCGGUCCACACAGAUCGGUGCGGCCGGUGAUACGACCCGUCACUAUAACACGCACCCGCGGCCAUUGGAUACGCGUCACAGGCAUGUGGGCUCGUCGCAACAAUCCCUGAGAGCAUCCUCCUCCACGCAUGAGAUUGUGCAGAGCGAGGUGGGUCAGAACGAGCACUAUAUAUAUGUGACGUACCCGCCAGAUUUGAAGAAGCGUUACUUCGAUAAGUACGAGUAAAAGAGUGAGAUGGCGAUUGUGUCUGCAAACAGCAGAGUAAGAAAGAUCAGCUGAUCGAGAUUAAUUCUCUCACUACUUAGAAAGCGUUGCCAUGUCAACAAAAGAGACGGAGAGAGAGAGAGAGAGAGAGGGUGACUCUCAUUAUUACUCUGCUGCUUCAGCAUCAUACCAAAGAGAGUUCUGUUACAAAACUCAAUAAAAGCUAACGAAACCAAAGUCAGAGCGACACGCACGUCGUUACUUCAACCUACCUUUAUUUAUUAAUAUUUUAAUUUGAUAUUUUGAUUAGGCUUGCAGAUUGUAGACUUGCAAGCUGUGCUGUUUGAUUCUGCGGAACAAAAUAUAUUUAAAAUAAAACGAGACAUUGUUCUGUAUUACAAUCAAGUAUAUAGAUUGAGAAAAACACAAGCUUUGUAAUUUUUUUAAAUAACAUUUACAUAAAACAUUUAUUUAUUCAAAUAGUACGUUGAUUUCUUUCUCUUGUUUCUUGGUGUUUCAAAAAGACACAAACAUUUUGUAUACUAUAUGUAUGUCUCCAAAAUUGGACAGAUCGUUAAUUCUUGGGCUGAUAUUGCAUUAUAUUGAAAGUGUAUAUGUAUGUAUGUAUGCCUGUCUGUCUAUCUGUGUGGAGAAGUUCUCAAUUUUGCUUACAAAUUUUCAAUAGAUAAAUAAAUAAGUUUUCAAGUGGGCUAGCAGCAUUUUGCUUUGUACUAAAAUUAAGCGUAUUACCAUUUAUUUGAUUUUCAUAAACUCUUGCUUGACAAUUGCUCACGAAAAGAAGGAAAAUUGAAAAACUCAAAUAGGAAUUACUAUAUACUCGUAGUGUUAUAGUGUAUUCUAUGGGCAUGUAUUGGUCUUUUGGAAUGUGCUGCGGAAUAAACGUGUGACACGUUUGUUCCUUCUCUAGUGUACAUUUGCGGCUAUAUCUCUAGAUAUCUAUUAUGUGUGUAGUGGACUGGUGUUGCCUUGAAAAACAGGAAUUAGGGAUUUAAUUAGUAUAAGCAACUGCGAUUUGCCAAGUUAGCGUUACGAAUUUCACAUAUUUGGCAUGGAACGUUACAUAUGGCGUUGCCAAAGCGUUUUACAAUUCAAUUUGUUGCAGUCUGCAGAUAUAUUUUCUAUAGUUUUAACACGGUCCGACGAUCUUUGGCAAAUGGCAGCAGCGCCUACAAUAUUGUGAUUUGUCCUACUUUGUAGAUUAGUUCGGAUUACGCAAGAUAUUUUUGUUAUUAUUAUAAAUGGGUGUGGUUUUGUCAAUGUUUUGGUCCAACGGCUUAAAUGCUAGACUUACGAAUUGAGCUAAUUUUUCAAAAAACGUGUACAAUAUUGUUAUUAAAUAUAUAUGUAUGUAUAUAUUUAUAUAGCACUAUACAUUUAAUAUAUAAAUAGUUA